AUGUCGGACUACGACAGUGAUCAAGGGAGUUAUCAUGGUGGCAGUGGUAGUGAACCGGAGGUAAUAGACCCAAACUAAUGUCGUACAACAUAGUUUAAAUAAUUAUUUUUAGGAAGAUUCAAAUUCACAAGUGGACCGUUCACCAAGUGUAUCCGAAGCUGAAGAAAAUAAUCAGUAAGUAUCACAAUUUUUAUUAUCAACAAUCUAUACUAAAACUUAAUUUUUAUUACAGAGAAGAAGAAAUUGCCGAUGAACAAGAACCUGAAGGAGAAGAUCUAAAUUCUGAGGAUGUAAGUUAUACUUCUUUGGGGUAUUAUUAUUGAACCUAAUUAUUACUUUUGUGUUUGUCAGGAAUAUGAUGAAGAGGAAGAUGAAGAAGAUAAUCGCCCAGGCAAAAAGAAAAAGAAAAAUGAACGUUUUGGCGGUUUUAUAAUUGAUGAAGCUGAUGUUGAUGAUGAAGUUGAAGAAGAUGAUGAUUGGGAAGAUGGAGCAGGAGAAUAUGGUAUUGUUGCUAAUGAAGUUGAUGAAUUGGGUCCUACUGCUAGGGAAAUUGAAGGACGUCGACGUGGAACUAAUCUUUGGGAGUAAGAUAAAUUUGUUAACUAUUCAAUUAUUUAUAGGGUAUAACUCAAAUCUGACUCCUAAAAUAACUAUAAAUUUAGUUUAGCACUUCAUGGUUUUUUUUUUAAAAAAAAAUGUUUUUUAAAUGCCAUGUUUUCCAAUGUUUACAAUGAGGGUGCCAUCAACAUUUUUAUGUAACUAUUAUUAUUUUAAAUUUUAGUGUUUUGAAUACUAUAGGUAUAUGCAUAAAGUAAAAGACGAUUUGAUUCAUCUGAUAGCUUUGAUCACCAACCUAAGUGAAUCUGUAAAUGAGUUAAGAAUGAUGACGAGGUCAGAAUUUGUUUGACAGACUUAAUUUUGAAAUUUGUGAUUUUGUGUUUUUAUGUUGAAGUAUAACUUUGUAUAGUUAAUUGGGAGAAAAAACGAAUGAAUUAUUUAAAAUGUGAGACCAGGACUUGGUGAACACCAUGAGUUUGCUUCGUGAGCUGAUGUCUAACUUAUACAUAUUUCAAAAUGAUAAACUUUAAAUCACUUGCCUACCUUAUCAUUUCCAACCUGAUACCGAAAAAAAUUGAUAGUCUGUAAACUUCAUCCUCACUAUGUAAGACUGGGUGCUGUACUCAAUACCAUGCAAUUUAAAAAACUAAUAACUGUAAAACUAAAUAUAACUGACUGCCAAAUUAUAGUUACACCUGUAUUUUUAUCUAUUCAUUUUUGAAGUAAUUAAACACAUUAUCAAACAAAUUGAAGUAUCAAAACAAAAAAAUUCUAUGCCAUUUUAUUAGAUGAAAGUAAUCAUAUUACUGUCAAAGAAUAGAAGAAUACAAUAUUUUUUGAAAUAGAACAAUAUUUUAUGGGUGUUAAUGAAACGCUUUUGAAUGAAAAACAGAUUCUAAUACUCUUAAAAAUUUUAAAAGAUAUUUUGUAUAGAUUAGAAAUAGAUUUUCAUAAUAUAUCAUUAGAGCACAAUGUUUUUUCAAUGGUGCUAGCAAUGUUUCUGGAAUUCAUGAAGAAUUACAAGUGCUAGAAUUAAAGAAAUUGAACCAAGAGCAUUCUUUGUAUAUUAUCCAGCUCAUUCUUUAAAUUUUGGUACCCAGAAUAGUUUACAAAAUAGUAGAGUAGUAGUAGAAGCUAGUAAAAUUGGUUAGGUUAUGUUAGACUAUAUAACAAAAUAGGUUUAGUCAAAUUGUUUGUAAAAAGACCCCCCUCCUCAAAAAAAGCACAGCUUAUGCAAAUUCAAAAAGUUGAUAGUUGCAACUUGUAAUAAAACAGAUAAUUUUAUAAUAUUGAAUAAACAAUGAGUUAUUAUAUCAGGUUUCAGAUAUUCAUGUUAUACUCUGUAUAUUUAAAUAUUUUAAAUAAUUAUAAAUAGUAAUUAUAUCAUUUAUCAUGUAAAUUUAAUUUAAUAUUUUCAGUUCUCAAAAUGAAGAUGAAAUUGAAGAGUACUUGCGUAAAAAAUAUGCAGAUGCUUCAGCACCGAUUAAACAUUUUGGAGAUGCUGGUGAAGAGUUAGCUGAUGAAAUUACACAACAAACUCUUCUACCUGGUGUUAAGUAAGAUAUAUAUAUAUAUUUAUGUGUCACAUGUAAAACGUGUAUUAUACAUAAAUCUCAUUAUAGGGACCCUAAUUUAUGGAUGGUUAAAUGUCGUAUUGGUGAUGAGAAAAACACUGCUUUAUUGUUGAUGCGCAAGUUUAUUGCUUAUCAGUUAACUGAAAACCCAUUGAAAAUAAAGUCUAUAGUCUCUCCUGAAGGUGUUAAGGGUUAUAUAUAUAUUGAAUCAUACAAACAAACUCAUGUGAAGUCAGCUAUUGAAAAUGUUAGCAGUCUUAAAAUGGGAUUUUGGAAACAGCAAAUGGUACCUAUUAAAGAAAUGACAGAUGUUUUGAAAGUUGUUAAAGUUCAAACUGGUUUAAGAUCUAAACAAUGGGUUAGAUUAAAAAGAGGUAUGUUAUUAUUUUUGUGUUGAAAAUUUAAAUUAAACUGUAAGAAUAAUUUAUUUAUCAAAGUUAAUUUUUUGCAGGUCUUUAUAAAGAUGAUAUUGCUCAAGUGGAUUAUGUCGAUUUGGCUCAAAAUCAUGUACAUUUGAAACUACUCCCUAGGAUCGAUUAUACUAGACCACGUGGGGCUCUUAGAGCAUCUAUGGUAUACUGUUAUAUAUUUUUUGUAAUGUUACAAAAGUAUAAUAAUUAAAUUUAUAUUUGUAGGAUCCAGAAGCUUUAAAAAGGAAAAAAAAAAGACGUCCUGCAGCUAAACCAUUUGAUCCAGAGGCAAUCAGAGCUAUUGGCGGUGAAGUUACUAGUGAUGGUGAUUUUUUAAUAUUUGAAGGAAACCGUUACAGUCGUAAAGGAUUUUUAUACAAAAACUUUUAUAUGAAUGCAAUAACUGCUGAUGGAAUCAAACCCACUCUCUCUGAGCUUGAAAAGUUUGAAGAAGCCCCUGAAGGCAUAGAUAUAGAAUUGCCUGUAUCCAAUAAAGACAAUUCUGCUAACAGUCAGUCGUUGAGCUCUGGUGAUAAUGUUGAAGUGUGUUCUGGAGAGUUAAUCAAUUUACAAGGAAAAGUAUUAUCAAUUGAUGGUGAUAUGGUUACUAUUAUGCCCAAACAUGAUGAUCUCAAAGUGAGUAACACUAAAUAAUAUUAAUAGUAAUUUAUAUAUUCAUGUUACUAUAUGGGAUUUAUGUACAUUUUAAAAUUAGAUGCCGUUAGAGUUUAUGGCAAGUGAAUUGCGCAAAUUUUUCAAACAAGGUGAUCACGUAAGAGUAGUAGGAGGACGGUAUGAAGGUGAUACAGGACUUAUUGUUCGUGUUGAACAAAAUCGUAUUGUGCUAUUCUCUGAUGUUACAAUGCAUGAACUUGAAGUUUUACCUCGUGACUUGCAAUUGUGUUCAGACAUGGCUUCUGGAGUUGAUUCGCUUGGACAAUUUCAAUGGGGAGACCUUGUGCAAUUAGAGUGUGUAUUUAAAUUUGAUUAUCUUUGAAUUUGUAAAGCUAAUUUAUAAUUAAAUUAUAUAUUUAUAUUAUAUUAAUUAUUGUUAGUCCACAAAAUGUUGGAGUGAUUGUGAGAAUCGAACGCGAAAAAAUGCACAUUUUAAAUAUGGCUGGAAAGUUGGUUGAAGCUAAACCACAAUCUCUAAAUAAAAAAAAAGAACAUAGGAAUACAAUUGGAGUUGAUGCUUUGGGUAAUUCAAUACAAAGAAGAGAUAUUGUUAAAGUUAUUGAUGGUCCACAUACGGUAUUUUUAUUUUGAACCAUAUUGAUUAUCAUCCUGUUAAAAAUUGAUAUAUUAUAUAGGGGAUGCAUGGUGAAAUCAAACAUUUAUAUCGUCACCAUGCCUUUUUAUAUUCUCGUUUAAUGACUGACAAUGGCGGAAUUUUUGUUUGUCGUUUAAGACAUAUUGCAUUAGCUGGAAAUUCAACAAAUAAAGUAAUAUAAUAUAAUAUAAUUCUUUAUUUGAUCCUAAUUAUUUGUAUUUUUAUAUUAGCAAGCUAUAACUGCACCACAAAAUGGAUUUGCAUCUCCGCAAAUUACAUCACCACGCCACACACCAGGUAGUCCAUUUGGUGGUGGUGGUGGUGGUGGAGGAGGUAGUAGCCGUGGUGGCGGAGCAGGAGGUAGAUUUAGUGGUGUUAGAAGAGAUAGAGAUCUAAUUGGUCAAACAAUUAGAAUCACUGGUGGCCCUUACAAAGGAGCUGUUGGGAUUGUAAAAGAUGCCACAGAGUGUACUGCCAGAGUUGAACUUCAUUUGCCAGAGUUGAACUUCAUUCUUCUUGUCAAACAAUAUCAGUGGAUAGAAGAAACAUAA